GUUCGUGAACGUCACAACAGUGACGCACACCCGGAAACACACACCGGGAAGGAAAGCGUCGCCCGUCGAGGAACAGCGAGGUCCAUUAGUUUAGCAGAACCCGUGUGUUCUGUGCAGAGGAACGUUUCGGUUCCGUGAGAGGAACCGGACCCGGACACGCCGCUCCGCCCGGACGGAGAGCCACCAUGACGGCCGCCGUGUUCUUCGGCUGCACCUUCAUCGCCUUCGGCCCCGCCAUCGCUUUGUUCCUGUUCACCAUCGCCCGGGACCCGCUGAGAGUCAUCUUCCUCAUCGCAGGGGCGUUCUUCUGGCUCGUGUCCCUGCUGCUGUCCUCUCUGGUCUGGUUCAUCACGGUCCAGAUCAGUAACCGGGACAGCGCGGCGCAGCAGAAAGGCCUGCUGAUCUUCGGCGUCGUCCUGUCCGUCCUGCUGCAGGAGAUUUUCCGCUUUGGAUAUUACAAACUGCUCAAGAAGGCCAACGAGGGGCUGCUGGCCCUGAGCCAGGAGGAGACCAUGCCCAUCUCCAUCCGCCAGCUGGCCUACGUGUCUGGCCUUGGCUUCGGCUUCAUGAGCGGAGCGUUCUCCGUCGUCAACAUCCUGGCCGACUCGGUGGGGCCGGGCACCAUCGGUAUCCAUGGAGACUCGCAGCACUACUUCCUGUCCUCAGCCUUCAUGACCAUGGCCAUCAUCCUGCUGCACAUGUUCUGGGGCGUGGUCUUCUUCGACGCCUGUGAGAAGCAGCGCUGGUGGGCGCUGGCCGCCGUCGUCCUCAGCCACCUGCUGGUCUCCUGUCUGACCUUCCAGAACCCGGAGUACGUGGGCAGCCUGGUGCCCACCUACGUCAUCAUGUUCCUGAUGGGCGUGUGGGCGUUCUGCUGCGCCGGCGGCUCGCUCAGGAACCUCAAACUCUGCCUCACCUGCAAGGACAAGGACUUCCUGCUGGCCAACCACCGGCCGCGGUAACGCCGCGGGACUCGCCUGGACGUCGGCCUCCACCCCGACCUGCGGGUGGCAGCGUGGAGCCGCUCUGACCCUUUUAAAAUCCUUCUGUAUGAAUGAGGGAGAAAUCUGUGAUUUCUACAGUGAAAAUGAGAAAAUCUAUCAGAUCUAUAUCUGCAAGCCUUUGACUCAGCAUUAAAUCAACUUUUUUCUCAGUCAGUCCAACAUUCAGCACCUUCACUUCUGUUUGACCCGUGUCAGGAGUUUUUAUUCAUGUGAGCUCGGCUGAACAUGUGAGCAGACUUGGUCCUCUCCGCCGGCCCGAGCGUCUCUGACAGCGGCGGCGGAAGGACAAGUAGUUCCUGUACGUGCGGUGUGUUUCAUCCCUCCAGAUUGCCGCCCCCAGGCCGCGCUCAUCAACUGAUUCUUUUGACAUUUGGUACGGAGGUGUGCCACGGUCCGGCCACACCGCCUAGCCCUUGUGGCUGCCAUGGCAACAGUGUUGCCUGAAUAGAGAGCUGCCCUCCCAGACACAUAGCUUGUUAAUGCUGUCUUUUUUUUUUUUUUUUUUUUCGCCAAACAUCCCUCUGCUCACCUGUCCAGCUGGAGGUCACCUGGACUUUUAUUUUGAAAUGUAUUAUUUAACCCUCUGGACAAAAUUCCCUUUUACUUGAAAAAACAAAAACGAAAAGAAAAGAAAAACACUGCCCUUUCUUAAAAGCUGUACAGGCUUGUCUAAAAAAACCUUGAAUAAAAAUAAAUAGGCAAUAAAUAUUUUGUGACAGGACAGGAGUGAGAAAAGUCAUUAUUUUCAUUUAAUAUGCUGUAUUUGUUUUUUUGUUUUUUAUUUUUAAUAACUGUUAGAGAACAAUCUGCACUUUCCAACAAUAAGUUGCAUCUUUGUAUGUCAUGGUAGCAUUUUUUAAAAAUGUUUCUGAGGGUAAUAAAAAGAGGUUUUUUGUUCAAUGGUUUAAAUGACAUUUCAGAAUAAAAGCUGUCCUGUGGCUUUAAUCAGAACAGUCAGAGUGACACGAUGUUCAUGUUGUGUCUGAUCACAGCUGUGAUGCUGCUGUCUGAGCUGACUGGGCCCUGAGGUGACCGGGCCCUGAGGUGACCGGGCCCUCGGGCUGUCUGAGGUGACCGGGCCCUGAGGUGACCGGGCCCUGAGGUGACCGGGCCCUCGGGCUGUCUGAGGUGACCGGGCCCUCGGGCUGUCUGAGGUGACCGGGCCCUCGGGCUGUCUGAGCUGACCGGGCCCUCGGGCUGUCUGAGCUGACCGGGCCCUGAGGUGACCGGGCCCUCGGGCUGUCUGAGCUGACCGGGCCCUGAGGUGACCGGGCCCUCGGGCUGUCUGAGGUGACCGGGCCCUCGGGCUGUCUGAGGUGACCGGGCCCUCGGGCUGUCUGAGCUGACCGGGCCCUCGGGCUGUCUGAGCUGACCGGGCCCUCGGGCGCCCUGAGGUGACCGGGCCCUCGGGCUGUCUGAGGUGACCGGGCCCUCGGGCUGUCUGAGGUGACCGGGCCCUCGGGCGCCCUGAGGUGACCGGGCCCUUGGGCUGUCUGAGGUGACCCGGUGAAGAGGCCAGAGAACUUCCUGUCAGCUUCCUCUCACCUCCCCUGGUGUAAACACGUCUGCAUCAUUGUUACAUUCCUCUUUACCAGAAAUAAAAACAAAUACAGAAA